GGCCAAAUUUGAUGUACUAUGAAGGGGUAUGGGCCAUUGGACAUUAUGUUCUACCAUCAAUUCUGUUGGCUAGAUUUCUAUUUGGGAUAUCAUUUUUUAUCGCACUACUGAUAUACAAAUGGCGAAAAAGACAUUGGUCAAUGUAUGAAUGUAUUGAAAUAUAUCUACAACAUAACAACCUCAUGCCCAUUGGAUAUUCAUACAAAGAAAUCAAGAAAAUGGCUAAAGGUUUCAAAGAAGAGUUGGGUAAAGGAGGGUUUGGCACUGUGUUCAAGGGAAACCUACGUAGUGGGCCUUGUGUGGCAAUCAAGAUGUUGGGUAAGUCAAAAGGUAAUGGGCAAGACUUUAUCAAUGAAGUCACAACUAUUGGAAGAAUACAUCAUUUGAAUGUUGUACAAUUACUUGGAUUUUGCAUUGAGGGAUCCAAACGUGCUCUUGUUUAUGAAUUCAUGCCUAAUGGAUCUCUUGAUAAAUUUAUUUUCUCUAAAGAAGGGAGCAUAAAUUUAAGCUACAACAAAAUUUACGAUAUAGCAAUUGGAGUAGCUCGUGGGAUUGCUUAUCUUCACCAUGGAUGUGAAAUGAAGAUUUUACAUUUUGAUAUCAAGCCCCACAAUAUCUUGCUUGAUGAGAACUUUAUCCCUAAAAUAUCUGACUUUGGAUUGGCAAAACUACACCCGAUAGAGAAUAGCGUCAUCACAAUGACUGCAGCAAGAGGUACAAUUGGAUAUAUGGCUCCUGAGUUAUUCUACAAAAAUAUAGGGGGAGUGUCGUACAAGGCUGAUGUUUAUAGUUUUGGGAUGCUUUUGAUGGAGAUGGCAAGCAAGAGGAAAAACCUGAACACCAAGGCAGAGCAUUCAAGCCAACUUUAUUUUCCCUUUUGGAUAUAUGAUCAACUUGGCAAACAAGGAGAAAUAGAAAUAGAAAAUGUCGUAGAAGAGGAUAUGAAAAUAGUAAAGAAAAUGAUCAUGGUCGCUCUUUGGUGUAUACAAUUGAAACCAAAUGAUCGUCCUUCGAUGAGUAGAGUAGUGGAGAUGCUUGAAGGAGAUAUUGAAACUCUUGAAAUGCCUCCAGAACCAACCAUGUAUCCAGAUGAAGUAAUUUCGAGGGAUGAAAUUACAACAAACUCAAAUUAAUCAAUGUCGAGUGACUUCACUAGUUCUAGUGGGUAUGGAGAAAUCGCAACUAUUUCUCUAGUUGAGAAUAUUUCUUGACAU